UGAAACAGUCACGAGUCUCAACAUGGCUUUCAGCAAUGUCCGGAUUGUUCUGGUGUAUUCUCUCGCGUUAACUACCCAGAUAACAUGUGCUUCACCUCACACAUUCAGCAUAGACUACCAGAACGACUGCUUCCUCAAAGAUGGAGAGCCAUUCCGCUACAUCUCCGGGAGCAUCCACUACAGCCGCAUUCCCCAGAUCUACUGGAAAGACAGGCUGCUCAAGAUGUACAUGGCAGGCCUGAAUACCAUCCAGACGUACAUUCCAUGGAACUUCCAUGAGCCUGCUCCUAACCAUUACAACUUCAGUGGAGACAGGGACCUGGAGCACUUCCUCCACCUGGCGCAGGAAGUGGGCCUCUUGGUCAUUCUUCGACCGGGACCAUACAUAUGCGCAGAAUGGGACAUGGGAGGCCUUCCAGCCUGGCUGCUCAACAAGAAAGAUAUAGUGCUUCGCUCCUCUGAUGCAGAUUACAUUGCCGCAGUGUAUAAAUGGAUGGGGAAACUACUCCCUAUGAUCAAACCUUUCCUCUAUCAGAAUGGAGGGCCCAUCAUUACAGUACAGGUGGGAAUGUGUCUGCAGCCUUUGCUGCUCAGAGAUAUGCUGAGCCUCAUGGGCCUCUGGUUAAUUCUGAGUUCUACACUGGCUGGCUUGACCACUGGGGGGGACACCAUUCUGUUGUGUCCUCUGCAAUUGUGGCAAAGUCUCUCAAUGAAAUCCUGGCAAUGGGAGCCAACGUUAAUAUGUAAGUAAGUGUACAUAUAGAUAUAAUUUA